AUGCUCGCUCUCUCUUUUGUCUUCCAGCUCGUACUGGCAAGCCUCUUUUUCGGGAUUUAUGGCUCUCCUAUACCAGACACAACUGAGACAACAUCAAAUGUCACCCUCCAGGGGCAACCAACAUCGCGAGCUUUAUACUUCAUUGCUCACCGAGUAUUAACACGAAACGGCGUCAGGGCGGCUCUUAGCCACGGCGCGAACGCUAUUGAGGUCGAUCUGACCGCGUGGAGAAACGGGUGGUGGGCAGACCAUGAUGGGAACAUUUUCAGCCGUGCAGACAGAGCAGAAGCUGUGUUUAAUGAAAUUGCUACCCAGCGCAAAAACGGAGCAGGCGUCACAUUUGUGUGGCUAGAUAUCAAAAAUCCCAACUAUGCAGAGACUGGCAUUUCAUCUGUCUCAUAUCUACGAGAGCUUGCUCGCAAGCACCUUGAACCCGUGGGUGUUCGUGUGCUAUUCGGCUUUUCGAAGGUUUCAACUGGCAGGACGAAGAAGGCUUUUGAUAUCGUCCGAGAUGGUCUCAACAAGAAUGAGGCAAUGUGCAUUUGGGACCAGUCGGCGAAGACUCUGGCUUUUUACAAGCAGGAAGCCAAAAAUAUCCCAACUCGCCAAAAGAUGUUGGACAAUGGAUUCUUCCACCUGGGUUUCAGGCCCAGUGUCUUUGGGGAUCUACGUAAGGCUUCUGAGUCCCGGGACCGUGGUGAGGUAGCAAAGAUUUUUGGUUGGAACAUCAGCUUCGGACAGCGCCGAUAUGCCGAAAGGCUACUUGGGGAGUCGAGGGUGGAUGGCCUCAUUUACGGAUAUACAGCCUGGAACUACAAUAACUCAAGGUUUACCCGUGCGAUGAUUGGCUACCUUACUGGUUGGCUCAAAGAGCACUCAAAAACACACCACUUGGCUACGAAGGAUGAGUUUCCUUGGUGA